GUAUUACUGCUGCUGCCGUAGCAAGCUUACUUGUAGUUGCAGUUGUGGUGAUCACCGCUGCGAUGUGGUGGUUGUGUCAUCAACAAUACCAUUAUAUUGGCACUGCUAGUGUUGGACUGAUGCUGCUGAAAGUAAUAGCAAUAUCUCAUCAUUAUUCUCAGCAGAAAUGUCCGUAGUAGGAAACAUUGAAUAGAAUAUUUCUUCUUUAGUGUAUUACCACUGUCAUCAUUCUUCGAAUGUAUCAGCCGGCUUGUUUAUUAUUACCGGGCAUUGCAUGAAUACAGCAGUAAUCAUCAAUCAACACUUGCUUUUUGUUUUGUUUCAGUAUUUUUUCCUGUUUUUCUUUUCUUUUCUUUUUUUUUUUGCUUUUUUUUUCUCUCUCUAAACAUUCCAUUUAGUCAUGUAAUUCCUUUUUAAAAAUCCAUAUGACUACUACUUAUGCAUUCAAGUGUGUUUUUAAACACCUUACUGAAAUGUGUGUUGAACAAAUGAAUUAUAAAAAUGAUCUUACAAUUCUGAAUAUAUCUCUGGAUUAUAUUUGCUACCAAGUCACCCGCUAUGAAUAACCAGGUUUUAUGCCGUGGCUUUUGAAUGCUAAACAUUUCUUCUAUGAUGUCUUCUCGAUGGGUCCGUCAAAUACAUUCGUUCAGCAAAAAAUUGAUUUCAUGUAUCUGACAAAUAGUUAACUCUACUCAUAUAUGUAUAUCUAUAUAUAUAUAUGUAUGUAGACAUAUAUAUGUAACUAAUGCUAACAAAGUCGGAAAACUUUCACAAGAGCUAUAUUAUAAACUUUGCAGAACUUUCCCAUGUGGAGUAGACUAUACUUGCAAACAAUGAUAAGUAUGCAUGGAAGAAAAGGUAGCAUCCGUAAGCGGCUAUUUGUCGGUGCUACAUUUAUUGUAAUUUGCAUCUAUUUGUCCUACCAAACUUUCUCAUGUGUUGGAGGCCCUAAAGUCUACAUGGUUCCAAGCGACCCAAUACGUUACAUUUACGAUGAAAAGAAUCGAGCUAUCCCAUAUAACAAAGAUAUGCCUCUUAUUUUUAUUGGUGGAAUGCCUCGAAGUGGUACAACACUAAUGCGUGCAAUGUUAGAUGCUCAUCCUCUAGUACGAUGCGGAGAGGAGACACGAGUCAUUCCCCGUAUUCUUGCCAUGAGAUUUCAAUGGGAAAAAUCAGCUGUUGAGAAAAAGAGACUCAUGGAAGCAGGUAUGACAUCUGAUGUCGUUGAUUCAGCCAUAUCUGCUUUCAUUUUAGAAGUUAUUGCAAAACAUGGAGAAGCUGCACCUCGCUUGUGUAACAAGGAUCCUUUCACGUUAAAAUCAGGUCUUUAUCUUAAGCAGUUGUUUCCAAAUGCACGUUUUCUGCUGUUAAUACGUGAUGGCAGAGCUGUUGUACACUCUAUAAUUACACGCAAAGUCACAAUUACCGGUUUUGAUUUGACCAGCUACAGUAAAUGUUUAAAGAAAUGGAACCAAGCUAUGGAAGCAAUGUACUCGCAAUGUAUUCAAGCUGGUUCCAGUAGAUGUAUGCCAGUCUAUUAUGAGAAAUUAGUUUUACAACCAGAAAUAUGGAUGCGUAAAAUUCUUGAAUUUCUUGACUUAGAAUGGGACAGCAAAGUUUUACACCAUGAAGAAUAUAUUGGAAAGCCUGGUGGUAUAUCUAUUUCAAAAACUGAGCGCUCAACAGACCAAGUAAUUCAACCUGUAAAUCUAGAAGCUUUGUCAAAAUGGGUUGGUAAGAUGCCGAAGGAUGUUGUUGAAGGCAUGUCUGAAAUUGCUCCAAUGCUCGCUGUUCUUGGAUAUGAUCCAAAAGCAAACCCACCUAAUUAUGGAAAGCCUGAUGCAAUGGUGGCAGAAAAUACUCAGAAUAUACAGAAGAACAGAGAAUUCUGGAAGAAAAAAGUCGACAUAAUCAUUAAAGAUACCCCAGCAAAAGGUUCUAUCUCCAAUCGAACACAAAGUUUUCACAAAUCUCUUAGCAGAACAGAUAAGCAUUGGAGGAACACAUCAAGUCACAUGACAUGAUCUAGUAUUAACAAAGUAGAUCAAAAUUCCACCAUUACUAAAGCAGUUUAUAAUUCAGUAACCAAUGGAGAUAUUUGUUAAAUGUUCCAGCAUCAUUGUAUCUCAUCAAGAAAUCUGCUGCCAUGUAAACCAGGGCAAUUUUAGUUUGAAUUUAAUCUGUGACAGAAAGAAUUACAUUAUAAAUAUUUGCUGACAGUAUGUUUAUGUCCAAAGAAACUGAAAUGGUACAAAUACACCCCCUCCCCAACAAACAAACAAAAAAAUUAAUCAUGUACUUACUAAAAGAAGAUUAUUUUGAAAGAACUUAACCUUUUCUCUCUAUUAGUUUGCAACAUCCACAAAAACAUAUUUAGAUUUAUUUUUUCACAUACCUCAUCAAAAUAUUUUCAUUUCCACAUCAACUGUUCUUUCCAAGAAAAUAUUAUUUCCAUCUUUAUUUCUCAUAAUUAUUCAUUUUUGUUGGAUUUCUUUUCAACUCUCAUUCCAAAACGCAUCAGCCUGACAAUGUUAAGAUAUGAACAUCAAUUAUGAAGAGAUUAAAACAGAGACAAGAAUGAAAAUUGGAUUUUGUUUUAAGUAUAUUUUUACUUGGCAACUCCAAGAAAGUUAUCAUGAAAAAAAUUUAGUCAAAUAAAAGAUGUCAUUUUUCGUUUUUUUUUUUUUUUUUUUUUUUUUUUUUCCCUUUUUUUCUGUUGAAGUGGGAUUAUCUUCAUCUUAUAAUACAUGUCUUUCAUUGACCACAGAAGUCGAAAAAAUGACACCACAAAUCAUAAAGUCAAAUAAUUUGACACUGCAGAUCAUAAUGCUGAGAAAGAGCCAUCAGAGAUCACCAAUGUCAAAGAUAGAAAUCCCUGCCACAAACAAAAUAUGGUAAUUCUAAAACAAAGACAUUCAAUUCAUCAAUAAAAAGAUUUUUGCAACAGAU